AUGCACGGGGCGGCGGGCGGGCGCGCUGGAGACGCCGCGGGGCAUGGUGAGCCCGCAGCGCCCGCUCCCCGCGGGGACCCGGCCGGCGGCCGCCGCGCUGCUCCUGCUGCUGCUGCUGCUGCUGCUGCGGGGCGCCGGGGCGCAGAAAGGUGAUGGUUGUGGACACACUGUUCUGGGCCCGGAAAGUGGAACUCUUACUUCAAUAAACUACCCACAGAUGUAUCCCAACAGCACGGUGUGUGAGUGGGAGAUUCGUGUAAAAUCUGGACAGAGAGUGCAGCUCAAAUUUGGUGAUUUUGAUAUUGAAGAUUCAGGUGCUUGCCAUUUUAAUUACUUGCGAGUCUACAAUGGAAUUGGACCCACCAGGACAGAGAUAGGUAAAUACUGUGGUCUGGGCUUUCAGAUGGACAGUUUAAUUGAGUCAAAAAGUAAUGAAGUCACAGUACAGUUCAUGAGCGGGACACACUUUUCUGGGCGUGGUUUUCUUGCCUCAUAUUCAACCACUGACAAAUCAGACCUAAUAACCUGUUUAGACAAUGCAAGUCACUUUUCUGAACCAGAAUUCAAUAAGUAUUGUCCAGCUGGAUGUGUGAUUCCUUUUGCUGAUAUUUCUGGCACUAUUCCUCAUGGAUAUAGCGAUUCCUCGUCACUUUGCAUGGCUGGUGUGCAUGCAGGAGUUGUGUCCAAUAUUCUGGGUGGCCAAAUCAAUGUUGUAAUCAGCAAAGGCAUUCCAUAUUAUGAAAGCUCUUUGGCUAACAAUGUCACCUCAAAAGUAGGACUAUUAUCUGCAAGUCUCUUCACGUUUAAGACUAGUGGUUGCUAUGGGACACUGGGAAUGGAAUCUGGAGUAAUCCCUGAUUCUCAGAUUACUGCAUCAUCAAGUCUAGAGUGGCCUGACCAAACAGGCCAGGCACACAUCUGGACUCCUGAAAGAGCCAGAUUGAAAAGGCCUGGACCUCCUUGGGCUGCUUUUACCACUGAUGUGUAUCAGUGGUUACAAAUAGACCUGAAUAAAGAAAAGAGAAUAACAGGCAUUAUAACUACUGGAUCCACCAUAGCAGAGUACUACUAUUACAUCUCUGCCUACCGAAUUCUAUACAGUGAUGAUGCACAGAAAUGGACAGUAUACAGAGAACCUGGUGUUGAUCAGGAUAAGAUAUUUCAAGGAAACACUGAGUAUUAUCAAGAAGUUCGCAAUAACUUCAUUCCACCUAUUAUUGCACGUUUUGUUAGGGUUAACCCGUUAAAAUGGCAUCAGAAAAUUGCAAUGAAAGUGGAACUGCUAGGAUGUCAGUUUAGUAUAGGUCGGGCUCCAAAACUUACCAUGCCGCCGCCGCCACCACCACCACCACAAAGUAACAACGACUUCUCCCUGCAGACUGAUAAAACAACCUCCACUCCUGAGAUCAAAAACACCACUGUGACUCCAACUGUAACCAAAGAUGUGGCAUUGGCAGCAGUCCUAGUUCCAGUAUUGGUGAUGGUCUUCACUACUCUCAUUCUGAUCUUAGUGUGUGCAUGGCACUGGAGAAACCGAAAGAAAAAAGCUGAAGGAACAUAUGACAUACCUUACUGGGAUCGCGCAGGGUGGUGGAAAGGCAUGAAGCAGUUUCUUCCUGCCAAGUCAGCAGAGCAUGAAGAAACCCCUGUUCGCUAUAGCAACAGUGAAGUUAGUCACCUGAGACCAAGAGAAGUCCCAACUAUCUUACAGACUGAGUCUGCAGAGUAUGCUCAACCACUGGUAGGGGGAAUCGUUGGCACACUUCAUCAGAGAUCAACCUUUAAACCAGAAGAGGAAAAAGAAGCAAGCUAUGCUGAUGUGGAUCCUUACAACUCACCUGUACAAGAAGUUUAUCAUGCUUACGCUGAACCAUUGCCUGUCACUGGACCAGAAUAUGCAACCCCAAUAAUCAUGGACAUGUCAGGUCAUUCCACCGCACCUCUUGGUGUCUCUUCUAUUUCUACUUUCAAGGCUACAGGGAACCAGGCCCCUCCCAUAGUGGGAACUUGCAAUAAACUCUUAGCUAGGACAGAUAGCUCAUCAUCUGCACAUGCACUGUAUGAUACACCAAAGGGGAUGCCUGGACCGGGUUCCUCAGUUGAAUUGGUGUACCAGGUACCACAGAGCAUGCCACAUUUCACAGGAAGUUGAGGAGAACUGAGGUAAGUUAUGAAUGAGCUAGGGGGUGGCAAAUGUGAAUUCUUAAAACAAAAUUCUUUGAAGGUGACUAUAUUAAAAUCACUUUUGAAUCACAUUGAAUUUUUUUUGUAUUGUAAGUUGUAGUAACAUGGAGUUGAACAAAAAUGUGAUGUGAUAUCGGAGGUCUAGGAAACUAACAAUCCUGCCAUUUCUUUGAGGGUAUAUACAUAUGAUUUAUUUGUUGCUGUUCAGAAACCAUGGACACCCAGUUUACUACUGUACAUGAGAGAGAGGAGUUCCCUAAGAUGAACUUCAGCAAUUGAUAGUCACGCUGCAUGGAGAGGAAUGAUACAUUGCUAUAGCCUGAGAGCCAAUAAUUUAGACCUUGCUGAAGGUACUGUUCCUGAAAUACCAAGCUUUAACAUUUCUGAAGUCCACGUAUAAGAGAUGCAGCUGAGGGAUUGUACCCAACAUCUAGCUUCCCCAAAGAGACCUUCAAAAACUCUCUUGAUAUUUCUGGGACUGCUCCUGCUGUAACUGAACUCUAGGACAAACUCCCACUGACUUCAUCGGAAGCAGGAUCAGGCUUGAAUGAGUACCAGUGUUCCACCUUUUCUUUGUGGGAUCGGCAAUCCAGAGUUGCUAGAAAUCUGUAAGGCGAGCUACUUUGGAGGAAACAAUUUUUCUACUGUUCUUAGCUUCCUUUAAAAAAAAACUAAACCCCAACAUCUGUUAGCUUUGUAAUGUAAGUUACCUUUGCAACAUCUUCUCAAGUCUCGUGGACUUUAAGGUCAGAAGGGACCAUCAAGAUCACCUAGUCUGACCUCCUGCACAUUGCAGGCCAUAGAACCUCACCCCUCUCUUUUCUAGGGAUAAUUUCUCUGUACUAAUUCAUUGUGUGGUCAGACUCUUUUCUAAACAGAGACUACAGUGUGAUCAGUGUCCUUAACAAUUGUUACUUGGGAAUUUAUCCCUAGUAAGUGAGACUACUGAAUUAUCCUAAUUUGAAUCCUCUGAGGUUCCCAAUUACCUCUGCAAUGAGGCUGAAAACUUGGUCAUUCUUUGAGGAAAUUGCAGGUCUAAAAGAGUGACUUUUU